GCCCCACGUCCCGCCCCGCCCAGCGCGCACCGAGCCGGCUGCGCCCGGGGCCCCGCGGGGCGAGCGCCGGGGACGCGGCCCCAGCCCGAGGGUCCCGCAGCAGGCGCUGUCCAGCGUCGCAGCCCCGAUACCAGGCUAGAUGGGCCCCUGCUCUCACUGGGCCUGGCAGGUCCCGAGCAGCAGCUUGUGCAUCCCCCAGAGCCUGGACACGCAGGGAGGUGGCCAGGGACAUCUGCCAAGCAGAGUGGACCCUGUACGGAGACCCAGUGUGGGAAGACAUGCAGGAGCCCAAGUUCACAGCUGCUGUGGGUGAGAAGCCCAUUCCUCACCUUUAGCAGGAGCUUUGUGGGCUCUGGAGGGCAGGGGGCAGUGUCAGAGCCAGAGGAGGCUGGAGAUCGGCCCCGCUGGGCCCCUGGAUGCUUGAGAGAGAUUGUCCCGUUGCCCCUCGUUCCUGGUGGAAGGAGAUUCUGAGACAGUGAUGUGCACCUAGGGCUUGUGUCCACCUGGAGCUGGGCUGGAGCAGAACUGCGCCUCACUCCGAAUUCACAGGCCCUGGCACCGCUGCAUGCUGCAGUUCUGGCUGGAUCACCCCAGCGGAGCUUUCUGUCACCUCCAGAGCGGGACGGGACUGGUUCUUGGGGGAGCCAUUCAGGUGUAUGGAAGAUACUCAGCUGCUGUGGUGCUGGCAGCGGUGUAAAACUCUAAGCCAGCCAGACUGCUUUGUGAGGUAGCUGUCCUUGUUCUCACCUUGAAUUCAUCUCUCCGCCUUCCAGCCUUGGCACCUCUUUCAGCCCUUUCCUAGAGCAAGGAGCUGCCAGAGAUCUCCUCCCCGUGGCUGUGCUCGGCUACCCAGCUCAGUGCUCUGUAGCCCCAGGGAACCGUUCUGGUCAGACAGUUCUCAAGCUGCAUUGGGAAACUAGCAGGCGACGGAGCCAUGAAUGAGAGCAAGGAGAGGGUACCCCGCCUGGACGGGAUUGGGCCAGAGAGCGAGGAGGGGGUACCCCAGACAGAUGGAGCCAUGAGUGAGAGUGAGGAGGGGGCUCCCUGCCUGGAUGGGAUCGGGACGGAGAGCCAGGAGGGGGCUGGGACAGUGGAGCCGCAGGGGGACGCUUGCUGGAGCGAACAGCUGACUGAGGGGCAGCAGGGCACCGGGCGCUUCGAGGUGGGACCAACAAUCUGUGCCGAGUGCGGGGAGAGCUUUGGGGACGACGUGGCCCUGCUGGCCCACCGGGGGGCGCCCUGCAGUGGUGCGGUGGCGAAGCCGUUUGGCUGUUCCGGCUGUGGGCGGCGGUUCAGCCGCAGCUCCAACCUGCUGCGCCACCAGCGGGUGCACACAGGCGAGCGCCCCUUCACCUGUGCUGACUGUGGCCGGUGCUUCAGCCAGAGUGCCCACCUGGCCAAGCACCGGCGCCUCCAUGGCACCGCAGGGCUCCCCACCCCGCCAGCGGAGCGCAGCUACAGCCGCAGCCCCGAGUUCCUGCGGUUCCAGCGGGCCCACGCCGGGCAGCGCCCAUUUGCCUGCCCCGACUGCGGCAAGCGCUUCAGCGCUGGCUCCUCCCUGGUGCAGCACCAGCGCAUCCACACGGGCGAGCGCCCCUUCCCCUGCCCCGACUGCGGCAAGCGCUUCCUGCGGGCCCCAGACCUGGCGCUGCACCAGCGCAUCCACACGGGCGAGCGCCCCUUCCCCUGCCCCGACUGCGGCCGGCGCUUCAUCCGUGGCCCCGACCUGGCGCUGCACCGGCGCACCCACACUGGGGAGCGCCCCUACCAGUGCAGCCAGUGUGGGCGCCGGUUCAGCCGCGGGCCUGGCCUCCUGCUCCACCAGCGCACGCACACCGGGGAGCGCCCCUACCAGUGCACCCAGUGCGGCCGCCGCUUUAGCCGCAGGUCCAACCUGGGCCGCCACCUGACCACCCACAGCAUGCUGCGGGGGGACCCCACCCCAGGGGGAGAGCCCAGUGCAGAGACCCUCAGGCAACAGGGAAUCCCUGCAGAGGGGGAGGAGUCCCAAGGGCUAAAGGGGCAGAGCUCAGAGGCUGUGACCCAGCAGGGAAUCCCUGCAGAGGGGGAGGAGUCCCAAGGGCUGAAGGGGCGGAGCUCAGAAGCUGUGACCCAACAGGGAAUCCCUGCAGAGUGGGAGGAGUUCCAAGGGUUGAAGGGGCGGAGCUCAGAGGCUGUGACCCAGCAGGGAAUCCCUGCAGAGGGGGAGGAGUCCCAAGGGCUGAAGGGGUGGAGCCCAGGCUCCCUGGUGGCUCCCCUGGGGCAGCGCCACGGCUGCCCGGACUGUGGAAAGGGCUUUGCCCAGCGCUCACACCUGCUGGUUCACCGGCGGGUGCACACCGGGGAGCGCCCCUUUCCCUGCCCGGAGUGCGGCAAGCGCUUCAGGCAGAGCUCGGUGCUGGCCCGCCACCGGCGCACCCACACGGGGGAGCGCCCCUUCGCCUGCGGGGACUGUGGCCGGUGCUUUGCGGAGAGCGCAGUGCUGCUCCGGCACCGGGCCGUGCACUCCGGCGAGCGCCCCUACUGCUGCAUGGACUGCGGCCGGGGCUUCAGCCUCCGUGCCAACCUCCUCCAGCACCGGCGGCUCCAUGCCCGGCGCCCCCACGUCUGCACUGACUGCGGCAAGGCCUUCAGCGAGGCCGCAGCUCUGGCCGCCCACCGCGGAACCCGGCAUGGGGCCGGCAAGCCCUUCGCCUGCACUGGCUGUGGCAAGCACUUCGGUCGCAGCUCCACGCUGGCUCGGCACCGGCGCAUCCACGCUGAGCGGCCCCACGAAUGCACCCGCUGUGGCCGCAGAUUUGGGGAGAGCGCUGAGCUGGCGCAGCACCUGCGAGUGCACAGUGAGACCCCCUACGAGUGCGCCCGAUGCGGGGAGCGCUUUGCCCAGAGCCAUGCACUGAUCGCACACCAGACCUUCCACGCUGAGCCAAGCCACGGACAGCGCCACACUGCCCAUGCCCACCAGUCCCCCCUCGCCAAGCAUGGGGACAGCGUCCUGCCCAAGUCCCCAGCUUUGUCCCACCAGAGACUCCACACGGGAUAGGAGCCAGGACAGAGCCCCGGACUCCUGGCUCCCAGCGCCCCCCCCAACCCAUUAGACCCCAUGCCCCUCCUAGAGCCAGGGAUAGAACCCAGGAGUCCUGGCUUCCAGCCCCCCCAUGCUCUGACCCACUAGACCAGGGGUGGGCAAACUACAUCCCGGGGGCCGCAUCCAGCCCUUCAGGUGUUUUAAUCCAUCCCUCGAGCUCCAGCCAGGGAGCGGGGUUGGGGGUUUGCCCUGCUCUGCGUGUGCUGUGGCUCCAUGCGGCUCCCUGAAGCAGCUGAUGUCUCCUACACGUAGGGGCAGCCGGGGGCUCUACACGCUGCCCCUGCCCCAAGCGCUGCCCCCGCAGCUUCCAUUGGCUGGGAACAGAGGCCAAUGGGAGCUGCAGGGACGGCGCAGCACACACAGCCGCCUGCCAUGCCUCCAUGAAGGAGCCAUAGGGGGGACAUGCCGCUGCUUCCAGGAGCUGCGUGAGGUAAGCACUGCCUGGAGCCUGCACCCCUGAUCCCCUCCCAUGCCCUAGCCCCUUGGUUCCUGCACCCCCAACCCCUCAUACCCAGCCCCAUCCCAGAGCCCUUACCCCCAGCCAGAGCCCUUACCCCCCCCCAACCCCCUGCCCCAACCUGGAGCACCCUCCCACACCCUGAACUCCUCAUUGCUGGCCCCUCCCCAGAGCCCGCACCCCCAGACAGAGCCUGCACCCGCUCCUGCACCCUAACCCCCAAUUUGGUGAGCAUUCAUGGCCUGCCAUACAAUUUCCAUACCCAGAUGUGGCCAUUGGGCCAAAAAGUUUGCCCUCCCCUGCACUAGACCCCACUCUCUUCCCAGAGCCAGGGAUAGAACCGAGGUGUCCUGGCUCCCAACCCCCCUUGCUCUAACCCACUAGACCUCACUCCCCUCCCAGAGCCAGGGAUAGAACCCAGGAGUUCUAGUUCCCAGCCCCCCCCUGCUCUAACCCACUAGAACCCCACACCCCUCCCAGUGCCAAGGAUAGAACCCAGGAGUCCUGGCUCCCAGCCCCCUGCUCUAACCACCUUGGAGCCAGGUUGAGGGGACACCUCUCUCUCUGCAGGCACUGUUGAGCUCCAGCCUUUUUGGCCCUAAGGGGGUGGGCAGCCAGCUCCGUCUGAGUGGGGUCCGUGGGGAACGGUACCUUCCAGAGGCUCAUGUCACGUGAUACAGAGGCUGUUGGAGACACUGAAUGAAGCAGGUCUAUGUCACGAA